AUGAUUGAUGUAACCUUGCAUGAUGUUAUCGCUGAUGAGCUUAAUAUACCUACUCCAGUACGACCUUCUACACAACAUCGGAUGUUCAUCCUCACAGCAGAAGCACUAUGUGAGGAAUGCGUGGUGGCGAGUGCGCGUGUGGCUUUAUUGGUAACUGGGGAAGUGCCUCCUACUGAUCCUAAAGAAAUAGUUGAUAAGCUCAUCGCCAUCAAGAACUACGACGUUGCGUUUGAUGUGUGCAGGCACUGCAAUGUUUCUGUUUGUGAUUUACUAUGCGCAGUAACCUAUGAUUCCUUGUUGAUCGAUGCUAAUCCACCCGAUAUCUUGCCAUCUUGGGUGCAAGCAAAUCAACGACGCUCUGAGAAAACUGGUUCCAGUAAUCACUGGUCUGUUGUGCGUGGGUUGCUUGCAGCUGCAAGACGUCUCUGGCCCAAUGAUUCACGUCCACUGCGCGCUAUAACGCGCACAUUUUUGGCUCACAAAAUUCCAGUUCCGUGUUGGCUGGAUGCGGAGUAUGCGGAUCGAGAUGUUGGUGGUUAUUUGCGGUGUUUGAUUGAAUAUGGAGCGAUUUCUCAAGGUCUCAAAGUAGCGGCGAACUGCGUCGAUCAGGAAACAAAGAAGGUGAAAUCAACAGACUCCAGGGUUUGGCUACCUCUUUCUGCCAUCAGCGACUUAUUGAAUUUGGGAGCGAAAGAAAAGGAGGAUAAGACAGCGCCUCCAAUUGAUGGAAUUCCAAAAUCGUUUGAAAAUGACACAGGAAAGCGUUUUUCGUUUGGUUCAACUCAGGCAAAGGCGUUGAUUAGCCCACAGAAGAAUAAGAGAGCGAAGGCAACUAAAACCGUCCCGGAUGAGUUCUUCGGUGUAUAUUGUCUUAUUAGCCGAAGUCAGCUGGCGUAUUAUAAGCAGCGUUGCGUUUUGAAUGGGCAUGGCAGAAUCCUGAGAAGUCCCGAGUCAUUCAAAGGUCUUGCGUUGAAGAAAGCGAGAAAGGAAACACCGUUCGCUUAUAGGCUACGAAUUGCGUGCCAUUUGAUGAAUAGUCGGCCUUGGAAUCACUUUGCGCUCACCUUUCGGUGGUUGCUGCCGGAGGAGGAAUUGCCGUUUCCGUCAGAAGUUCCUCCGCCCAAUCAUGUGCUCAAAAAGUAUGGGUUGAUAGAGAAGUCGUGCACAGAAAUAUUACCGGCAAAAGAUGCCUACGUUGAAAAAGGAGAGUGUCGUCUUUGUGGUGACAAUAUUGAAAAGAAGUCGUGCACAGAAAUAUUACCGGCAAAAGAUGCCUACGUUGAAAAAGGAGAGUGUCGUCUUUGUGGUGACAAUAUUGAAAAGCUCACGCAACUAGUUCGAUGCCUUUCUUGCGCUGCACAUUUUCACGCUAAAUGUUUAGCCGUGAAGAGCUUGAAUAACGAGCGACGGCUAUAUCCUGUGCAAGGGAAUUGUCCUAGUUGCUGUCGAAGCUAUCUCUGGGGUGACAUUAUUAGAGACCAGCGGAUGAUCAUACGUGUGAGCGAGGCUCAGACCGACACUUCGUUGAAGAAUUUGGUUCCCCGAUUGUGGGAGGCUUACCUCGGUCUUCUACAAGCAGAAUAUACAGAAGGUGAUGCUCUUGACGCCUUGAAUUUGCGCCGAUACUGUUGCCGCCGAAUGUUGCUGUCUCACGUCGACUUGAUAGAGAAGCUCCUGAAUUACCAUCCACUUGAGAAGUGA